AUGUUAAUAAAAAAAAUAGUCUCAUAAUUUUGUAGUCAAUUUGAAAAGAAUAUUCAAAAAACAAGAAGGGCUCCAUAAAUUAUUAAUUAAGUAAAAGAAGAAGAAACAACAACAGAAGAAAGAGAAUCUGAUUUUUCAUUGAGGAGAAUGCCUUUUUAUAGAUUUCCAUUUGGAUUAUAGAAGAAUUUGUAUUAAAUGUUACAAUUAUUUGUGAAGCUAUUAUUUAAUUGGGCCAUUAAUCUAUUUUGAUUUUACUUAAAUGUAAAACCCUUAUUUCUCUUACCAACUCACAAAUGCAUUUUGCUAAUUGAAUGAUAUAUAUAUAUUUGGCUUUGCUGGAAUAGUUGGUGCUAUUGUAGGAUGUCAUUUUGUAUCUGGCAAACCUUUUAAAUAUUUAGGAUUAUAUAGUACAAGCUAAUUAAUAUGUCUAUCAGGGAAUGGUGUUUUAAUGUAUUACUUAUCUCCAUAUUUAUUUGGAUUUUAUUUUGUUGGCAUUUUAUCACAUUUAAUUUGGUAUAAUAACACUAAAGGUUUGAUUGGUGUACCAAAAACAUUCAAUAAUCUUUAUCUAAAAUCUAUGGUAUUUUCUUCACUUUUUAUAUUUGCAGUAUAUUUUAUUAUAAUUUAAUAGGCUAUAGGUGGGAUAGUACUAUUGAAUUAAGAGAUUAAACAUAUAGAAAUAAAAAUAGAAGAAUUACAAAAACUAUCAGAUUCGUUAAAAUAAGGACUAUGA